UUGGAGAACUCCAACUCCAUCACCAUGUUCUCCCGGACAGCUCGAGUUUUCGUUCCACAAUGCACGCAAGUGCGUGGAAUGGCAACAUUGAAGGAAAUUCGGCUGCGUUUAAAGUCUAUCACAAACAUCCAGAAAAUUACAAAAUCCAUGCAGAUGGUGUCGGCUGCAAAAUUUGCCAAAGCUGAGAAAGAACUUAAACCCGCAAGAGUUUAUGGAAAUGGAGCAAAGACUUUCUAUGCUGAAUCUGAGGUAACAGCUCCUGAAAAUGUGGAAGGCAAGGUCUUGUUGGCUAUGACAUCAGACAGAGGACUGUGUGGUGCUUGUCACUCAAACAUUGCCAAGAGCAUAAAAGCAGAAAUGGCUGAUGAAAAAACGGCAAACUCCGCCAAACUUGUACUGGUGGGAGAUAAGGCCAAGGCCAUUUUACAGAGGCCUUUUGCUAAAAACAUGUUGCUGUCAUUUAAUGAAAUUGGAAAGAAACCACCAUUGUUUCAAGAUGCUGCCACCGUAGCUCAGUCCAUCCUCGACUCUGGAUUUAAAUUUGAUGUCGCCAAUAUGUACUACAACACUUACAAAACGGUUGUUUCCUACGAGACGACAGAGCUGCCAUUAUAUACAGCCGAUACACUCUUUGCUUCGAAAAACAUCACACAAUACGAUAGUGUUGAUCAGGUAACCCUAGCCUGUUACAAUGAGUUUUCUAUGGCAAAUCUCAUCUAUUUUGGAAUGAAGGAAUCGGCUUGUAGUGAACAGAGCUCCAGGAUGACAGCUAUGGACGGUGCAAGCAAAAAUGCUGGUGAAAUGAUCGAUUCACUGACCUUGACCUUCAACAGGACAAGACAGGCCGUCAUCACCAGGGAACUUAUUGAAAUCAUCUCAGGUGCCGCUGCUCUUUAACGAGAAGAAAAUCACCAGCAUCAAUGUAUCUGGGAAAAUUUUAAUAGUGUUUAGAAAUUGCAUCACUGAACUAAGCAGUGUGACUAACUCUUUGUGGGUAAAUGAUUAUCCGUGGUUAAGGAACUGGAAACAACCAUCUGAUUUAUACUAGUGCUGGAAAUUUGUUUAUAAACAUUUAUUUAAAUGUGUGAUGUGUUGACAAGAUGAAAGAGCAGAAGUUGAUUUGUAAAAAAAAAUUAACGAAGUAAAGUUGACAAGUGUA